CGGCGGCCCAGCCGAGCCUCCCCGCCCCCUGCCCGGGAGCCGCUUGCUCGGGCGCCCGCAAAAGUUGGUCGACGGCGGCCGCCGCCUCUCCCCGCCCCGUGCAACAAGCAAAGCAGCCCCGACGCCCUGCCCGGCCUUGCCCUGCCCCGGUGCUCGUUCUCGCCUCCUCCGGCUUUGAGUGCAGCAAGGAAAGCAGCAGCAGCAGCAGCCCCCGCCGAGCGGGCGCGUUCUCCCCGGUCCCGUGCCAGGCUCGCCGCCGGCUCGCGGGGGUCCCCUCGGGGCAGGGGGCGGUCGGUCGGGCGGCGCCUGGAGGGCGCCCCGGCCGGGGCCUGCGCCUGCGCCCCCGCGCCGCUCCUCUGCUCCCGCCGGGCUGCCCGGCAAGAUGCUCUUCCAGCCCUUCGACGUGGUCUCGGCGCUGGCCACCUUCGUGGCCUGCCUGGUCUCGGUGACGCUGCUGCUGGCCGUCUCCCAGCAGCUGUGGCAGCUGCGCUGGGCCGCCACCCGCGACAAAGCCUGCAAGCUGCCCAUCCCCAAGGGCUCCAUGGGCUUCCCGCUGGUCGGAGAGACCUUCCACUGGCUGCUGCAGGGCUCCUACUUCCAGUCCUCCCGGCGGGAGAAGUACGGCAACGUCUUCAAGACGCACCUGCUGGGGCGGCCGCUGGUGCGCGUGACCGGCGCCGAGAACGUACGCAAGAUCCUGAUGGGCGAGCACAGCCUGGUCAGCACCGAGUGGCCGCGCAGCACGCGCAUGCUGCUCGGCCCCAACACCGUCGCCAACUCCAUCGGGGACGUGCACCGCCACAAGAGGAAGGUGCUCUCCAAAAUAUUCAGCCAUGAAGCCCUGGAGACCUACCUCCCCAAGAUCCAGCUGGUGAUCCAAGACACGUUGCGGGCGUGGAGCAGCAACCCGGAGCCCAUUAACGUCUAUUACGAGGCACAGAAACUCACGUUCCGCAUGGCCAUCCGCGUCCUGUUGGGCUUCCGGAUCCCAGAUGAAGAGCUCAGCCACCUCUUUGAGGUCUAUCAGCAGUUUGUGGAGAACGUCUUCUCCUUGCCCGUGGACCUGCCUUUCAGUGGCUACCGGAAGGGCAUUCGGGCCCGGGAGGCAUUGCAGAAGGGUCUGGAGAGAGCCAUCCAGGAAAAACUGCAGAAUAUGCAAGGCAAGGACUACUCGGAUGCGCUGGACCUGCUGAUUGAAAGCGGCAAGGAGAACGGGAAGGAGCUGACCAUGCAAGAGCUGAAGGACGGCACCCUGGAGCUGAUCUUUGCAGCCUACGCCACCACCGCCAGUGCCAGCACGUCCCUGAUCAUGCAGCUCCUGAAGCACCCCCAGGUCCUGGAGAAGCUCCGCGAGGAGCUGAGGAGCAAAGGGAUGCUGCACAAUGGCUGCCUCUGCGAGGGCUCCCUCCGGCUGGACACGCUCAGCGGCCUCCACUACCUGGACUGCGUCAUCAAGGAGGUGCUGCGGCUCUUCACCCCCAUCUCGGGCGGCUACAGGACGGUGCUGCAGACCUUUGAGCUGGACGGCUUCCAGAUCCCCAAAGGCUGGAGCGUCAUGUACAGCAUCCGGGACACUCACGACACGGCCCCUGUGUUCAAGGAUGUGGACGUGUUUGACCCUGACCGCUUCGGGCAGGGCCGCACCGAAGACAAGGACGGCAGGUUCCAUUACCUGCCUUUUGGUGGAGGUGUACGGACCUGUCUCGGCAAACACCUGGCAAAACUGUUCCUCAAAGCUCUCGCCAUUGAGCUGGCCAGCACAAGCCGUUUUGAGUUAGCCACCAGGACUUUCUCUCGGGUCACGCUGGUGCCUGUGGUCCACCCAGUCGAUGGACUGAGGGUGAAGUUCUUCGGACUGGAUUCAAAUCAGAAUGAGAUCUUGACAGAAACUGAGGCCAUGUUGGAUGCCACUGUCUGAGGCACAGCCCAGGUUUGGUUCUCUCAACUGGUGUGCUUGAGGGGCCCCAAAGGAAGGGGAAAAGAAAUGCCCGCUGCUGGUGCAGAUACGCCACGACACCGGCGCUUGUGGUACGCCCCUGGUCGAAACCUGCUCUGACUAUGCCAAAACAAAGCGAUGAUGUGUGUGCGUGUGUGUUUGGGAGGGGAUUGAGGGGCUCCUCUUGAUGGCUUAUGUUUUAUUUUCCUGGACAUAAAGCAGAAAAAGGGAUUGUCUUGACCGUAAACAGAAUAUAGAUGUUUUUUAUAUAUAUAUAUAUUUAUGAAUAUGAUCUGCAAUGGAAACGUGCAGGCCGCAAGAGGAGCUGGCUGGUGCAGGAGACGAGGAGGCUCCUGACCUCAGCAGGUCUUCCGCCGUCUGAAGCGGCUCUCCGUCCGGGGUGGGCCGUGUUUCCUGGUGGGAGCAGGGGCAGCGACCUCGGGCAGACUUUGAACUUUGAAAUAACAGUGUUAAACAAGUUAGUGACAACAGUAUUGGGGGAAUAUUUUGGGGUCUCUCUGCAGAAAGUGGCCAUGAGAAUCCCUCGGCAGGCCAUGGUUCCAAUCAGUAUUCGCAACGACUGCUUUGUUGUGUCCCCGGGGGGCAGCAAGGAGCAGCAGGCCGGGCUAAGCCAGGGCUGGCUGCAACCCCGCUGUGUAUUAGUGGUCUCGGGCCCCUUCCGGUGUUAACGUUUACCUCGUCGUCUCUUUAAAGCCCCCUUCAGGGGUAUCGUCAGAAAAUGGUUGAGGAAGAAGCUGAAAGGAUUAGACAUGGGUUUGUGCAAAACUCUCGGGGCUUUCUCUGGAGCUCAGCUGACACUCGAGGCUGUUUUCUGGCUGCGACCCUCCACCCACUUUAGGAACCGGGUAGGGGAGUGUUCUUGUGGGUUCUAGGCUCUCAAAGGAUUUCCUUCUGUGGUUGUUGAGCAGGAAAGCGCUUUGGCCUUUCUCUCCAAGACUCAAAUCUACAGUCAAAUUCUAGCUGUGAGCAUCUCACACCAACUAAGAUACAAGUCCGUGGCACUGCGGAGAAAUGAGGUGUUUUCUGAAUUCUGCCAACUGCUGCUAGGCCACCUGGCUUUAAGCCCCCUGUGGUCCCCAUCUUGCCAUACACACCUCAUGGCACUCGCGAGUUUCCCAGAAGGCUUCUCCCAGAAGCAGGAGACCAAGGCCUGCCUCCGUGUCAGUAGCCUGGCCGUGGUUCCGGGUGCCUGCAGUUUCCCCCUUGCAUGAAGGGAAGUCAUCCUACUUAACAGAGCAGCAUCAGAGCCAGUUUGGUGUAGUGGAUAAGAGUGCGGGACUCUAAUCUGGAGAGCCGGGUUUGAUUCCCCACUCCUCCGUUUGAAGCCAGCUGGGUGACCUUGGGCAGUCAGAGCUUUCUCAGAGCUCUCUCAGCCCCACCCACCUCACAGGGUCUUUGUUGUGGGGAUAAUAAUGACGUACUUUGUAAACCGCUUUGAGUGGGCAUUAAGUUGUCCUGAAGGGCGGCAUAUAAAUCAGAUGUUGUUAUUAUUAUUAGGCAAUGACACUGAACACGUACUGCCAUAGGUUAGCUUUUGAAUUCCUUUGUCUGUGCAGCAGUGUUGCAUUUUGCAUGUUCAGGCAUUGUACAUUGUUGUGCUCUUAGAAAUGCCGUCCUAGCACUUGUUGGGGAGAGCAAAUCUGUGCUCCAGGAGGGGAGCUUCUAUCUGGCAAACUAUGAUAAUGGGGAGGAGUCCAGUAAGGUGUCUCUUGGGGGCCUGUAUUUAUUUGGAGGAAGACGAGAACCUCAGGCUUUCGAGUCCGAAAGGGCCGUCAGUUGACUUGCGAAUGGGAAUUACUUCCAUUAACAGCUGCACUAAGCGCUGCUGCUCGCUUUCAAGGAUACUUGGACCAGGGACUUGUUUGGAAGUUUCGCUGACUUUCUAAGCCCAUCCCUUCCUCAUCAGUACUGGGUGUUGCAACCAUGUUGUGUCCAAUGAUGAGCCUCUGAACCAAGGAGAAAACGGGGUCAGUGGGUGUUUGGGGAAGACGCUUCCAGGUAACCGAAAUAAGUGAGAACAGAGGUUACCUUAGACAGUCCCCAAUUUGCAGAUCCAGAGGAGUUAGCCGCGUUGGUCUGUAGUUGCAAAAUAGUAGAGUCCUUUAAGACUGACCACAUCUAUUGUAGUAUAAGCUUUUGAGAACCACAGCUCUCUUGGUCAGAUGCAUCCAUUGCAUAAGCUUUCACAAACCACAGCUCUCUUGGUCAGAUGCAUCAUCAGCUUAUGCUACAAUAAAGUUGGUAAGUCUUAAAGGUGCUCCUGGACG